UCUUUUAUGUAUGAGUUAUAAUAUUUCAGGGGUUUUCAAUUAUAAUAUUUCAGAUUUUUCUUGUACAGUGACUAAUUUUGAUCAUUCAUAAUUUGAUGACUUUCAUAAAGUCCAUUGCUUAGCCCCUUUCAGGGUCUUUAUGGAGGUCUGUACAAUGAGGAUUCCUGAAGCAUAAACUUUGUAAUCCUCAGAUCAAUCUGGUUUUGAUCAUAUUAUAAUUAUCUAUUUAUUUGUUUGUUUCUGCACAGGUUCAGCGCUUAUUAGCCUCACUUUUAACUGUCAUUUGAGACUAUGAUGAAAUAUACGGGCACUCUUCUCAGCAAAAAAAAAAAAAAAGGCACAAAAUAUGUAAAAUAUUGAAUACAAUAUUAUAGACCUCCUGAAGCUUAUUUUUACUCUUGCCACAAGUUUCUGCACUAAACUGAUCAUUUAGUUAACGUACUGUAUUUUGAUUUUCUUUCUCUAAUAUCUAGCACAAUGUCCUGCACUUUGUAUGCUCCAAACACAUAAAGACUUGUUUAAUAAAUAGAGAAAGAAUCAAUGACUAUUGCCAGCCAGAUUGUAUGACAGGUGCAGAAAUUCCCCACUUUCAAAAACUGUUGGUAAAUAUAAUGAGCAAAUAUUGGGACUUUUCCCAGCCAAUCCUAAAAUACCAGACUCUCCAAUGGUUUUUCCUUAGUGACAAGAGUUUCUUUUCCCAAGACCUCUAACCUGCGGAGAUUCUCAUUUUCUCUUCUGAAAGCAUUUCCUUUCAUCUUUGGUACUCUCCUGUCAGUAACUGGGGAGAAAAACAUUACGCUCUCCAUACCCUUAAAUGAUGUCAGUGUUUUAUAAAUAUUUUUCUUUUCUAAAAAAUUAUAAUACUAUAUGAAUACAUUUUAGUAGCAUUCAUUUUUAAUCCAAGAUACUUCACCACCUCUCCUCUUUUUUUCUAUUUUUCAUUGUACACAGAGCUAUACAAGUCAUUAUAGAAGAUACUAAAAUAAAUGAAAAUCAUAAACUCUGCAGUCAAGAAUCUUGCAGUCUAAUAAAGUUAUGAGCAAAGAUAAAUACAAUGAGAAGAUAGAAAAUAACUUAGAGAUAAAGAAACUAUAGUACAUCAUAAGACUGACACAACUCAACACAGAAGUGUGAUUAUUUUUGAUGUCUCCAGUUUUGACAGUCAAAGGAGACACUAUCAAUAGCUAUUACAAAAGCAACAGGCAUUCACCAAUAUUGUAUUGGACAAAUUGAGAUAUAGAGCCACCCUACUCUUAAGCUUUUUUACUUUGGCUUUUACUUUUUAUGAUGGACAUUUUCAUACUGCCUGUAAAGACUGAGGUCACCAUUUAAGUCCCCAUCUUCUAACUUUAACAGUUUCACCACUUGGCCAAUGUUGUCUUAUCUAUGAUCCCAGCUCCCCACCCCCAUCUACUAAAAGCAAAUCUAAAGCAUUUUCUUGAUUCAUCAACCAGGUUUUCACCACUCCAUUCUUUCUCUCACCUGAUUUCCUUUCUUAUCCCCGUUCCAACCUAUCUUUUUAUUUUUACUUCCAACACUGCAGUUCUCAUCUAACUUUGCCGGAACACAUAUCCAUAGGGUCAGCCCUGCAUCCUAAGUAGCUCAGAGGGAGGAGCCAGACCAGCGGUACCUCACACCUUGUCCUCUUCUGCUCUGGACAGAUGGCUCCAUAACAACAGCUUCAUAAUGUUAGUAGAUGGGACCCUGCUGCACAUCAGGGUCUCUCUUCUGCUGCUCUUGCUUGGGGUGUUUUUGUCCAUUUCUGGCUACUUUCAGGCUGGGCCCUCCCAGCAUCUCACUUCCCCAGAAGUGGUCAUCCCCUUGAAGGUGAUCAGCAGGGGCAGAGGUGCAAAGGCUCCUGGAUGGUUGUCCUAUAGCCUGCGGUUUGGGAGCCAGAGACACGUUGUUCAUAUGAGGGUCAAGAAGCUCUUGGUUUCUAGACACCUCCCAGUGUUCACCUACACAGAGCAGCGAGCCCUCCUGGAGGAUCAGCCCUUCAUCCCAGAUGACUGUUACUAUCAUGGUUUCGUGGAAGGGGCCCCUGAAUCCUUGGUUGUUUUCAGCGCUUGUUUUGGGGGCUUGCGAGGAGUAUUACAAAUAAAUGGUCUCACUUAUGAAAUUGAACCCAUCAAGCAUUCUGCCACAUUUGAACACCUGAUUUAUAAGAUAAACAGUAACGAGACACAAUUCCCAGCUAUGAGAUGUGGCUUAACAGAGAAGGAAGUAGCACGCCAACAGUUGGAAUCUGAAGAGGCUGAGAACUCAGCUCUGGGACCAAAUUCUGCUGGUGGCUGGUGGACCCAUGCAUGGUUUCUGGAGCUGGUUGUUGUGGUGAAUCAUGAUUUCUUCAUUUACUCUCAAAGCAACAUCUCAAAGGCGCAAGAGGAUGUAUUUCUUGUUGUCAACAUAGUGGAUUCCAUGUAUAAGCAAUUAGGUACUUACAUAAUUUUGAUUGGAAUUGAAAUUUGGAAUCAAGGAAAUGUUUUCCCAAUGACAAGCAUAGAACAGGUCCUGAACGAUUUCUCUCAAUGGAAACACAUCAGUCUUUCUCAGCUACAGCAUGAUGCUGCACAUAUGUUCAUAAAAAAUUCACUUAUAAGUAUACUUGGUCUAGCCUACAUUGCAGGAAUAUGUCGUCCACCUAUUGAUUGUGGAGUUGAUAAUUUUCAAGGAGAUACCUGGUCUCUUUUUGCCAACACUGUGGCCCAUGAGUUAGGUCAUACUUUGGGUAUGCGGCAUGAUGAAGAAUUCUGUUUUUGUGGGGAAAGAGGUUGCAUCAUGAGUACUUUCAGAGUGCCUGCAGAGAAAUUCACCAAUUGCAGUUAUGCUGAUUUUAUGAAGACCACUUUAAACCAGGGAUCAUGUCUGCAUGAUCCUCCCAGAUUCGGGGAAAUCUUUACGCUAAAGCGCUGCGGGAAUGGCGUGGUUGAAAGAGAAGAGCAGUGUGACUGUGGAUCUGUACAGCAAUGUGAACAAGAUGCCUGUUGUCUGUUGAACUGCACUCUGAGGCCUGGAGCUGCCUGUGCUUUUGGGCUUUGUUGCAAAGACUGCAAGUUCAUGCCAUCAGGGGAACUCUGUAGACAAAAGGUCAAUGAAUGUGACCUUCCAGAAUGGUGCAAUGGAUCAUCCCAUCAGUGUCCAGAGGACAGAUAUGUGCAGGACGGAGUCCCCUGUAGUGACAGUGCCUACUGCUAUCAAAAGAGAUGUAGUAACCAUGACCAGCAUUGCAGGGAGAUUUUUGGUAAAGAUGCAAAAAGUGCAUCUCAGAAUUGCUAUAAAGAAAUCAACUCUCAGGGCAACCGUUUUGGUCACUGUGGUGUAAAUGGCACGACAUACCUAAAAUGUCAUAUCUCUGAUGUCUUCUGUGGGAGAGUUCAAUGUGAGAACGUGAGAGCCAUUCCUCUUCUCCAAGAUCAUUUUACUCUGCAGCAUGCUUAUAUCAAUGGUGUCACCUGCUGGAGUAUUGACUACCAUUUAAGGAUGAAUACACCUGACACUGGUGAAGUGAAAGAUGGUACAGUAUGUGGCCCAGGGAAGAUCUGCAUCCACAAGAAGUGUGUCAGUCUAUCUGUCUUGUCACACGUCUGCCUUCCUGAGACCUGCAAUAUGAAGGGAAUCUGCAAUAACAAACAUCACUGCCACUGUGGCUAUGGGUGGUCCCCACCCUACUGCCUGCACAGAGGCUAUGGGGGUAGUGUCGACAGUGGCCCAGCAUCUGCAAAGAGAAGAGUUUUCUUGACAGUGAUUGUGAUUCCUUCUUUGUCUGUUUUAGUUUUCCUGUUUACUGUUGGGCUUCUUAUAUAUCGACGACAACGUUCUGGUCCCAAGGAGACUAAAGCUCAUCCAUCAGGUUAAGAAAAUGUCUCUAAUUUAAUAUUCCAUGCAUUAUUACACUUCAGUGUCUUGGCAGUAGAAAUGUUAGUACAGCCCUGAAAGUCAGCACAUUUCUGAUCAUUCCCAGAACGCUGCAAAGAUCUUUCCUUACGUCAGUACCACAAACGUUGUCAUUACGUGCAGGUGAUUCUUUACAUGUUUCUAUCUAUUGUUCAUUUUUUUAAGCAGCAAAUAAAGGUACAUCCUUGUUAUGUUUA